AAAACCAAAACAUUGACUUGUUAGCGAGUACCCCCUCAUAACGGCAAUGCUAAACGCCAAAAUACAAUUUUUUUAUCAUGCACAGCUGCAGCAAAUGUCUUAAGUAGUUGAAUUCGCUGACCUUUUUUGGCCGUUCCUCGUGUAAAAAGCAACAUCAAUCAAAACAACGUUCAAAAUCGCGGUCAAAGUCUUUACCAGCUACCUAUCAUCUGAUCAAAUUCAAUUGAAUUUAUGUUUAUUCAUUACUCUGCCAAUAGUAUAUGUCUUUAAAAUGGCUAACCCAAACAAACAUAUUUGCAAAUUACAAGAAUUUCCUGCACACAAUGCAAAUGUUACUUGUUUGGCCCUUGGUCAAAAGAGUGGCUUAGUAUUAGCUACGGGUGGUGCAGAUAACAAAGUAAACUUGUGGAAAGUUGAUAGUGAAACAUGUUUUAUGAGCUUAUGCGGCCAUGUAACUCCAAUUGAAUGUGUACAAUUUGAUCCAUCAGAGUAUUUAGUGGGUGCUGGUAGUCAAACAGGAGGUUUAAAAGUAUGGGAUUUAACUAAAGGAAAAAAGGUUAAGACAUUUAGUGGCCAUAAGUCGGCUGUUACAAAAUUAGAUUUUUUUCCUUUUGCUUCAUCUUCGUAUUUUGUAACGGGUUCAAAAGAUACCAAUGUUAAGCUGUGGGAUUAUCGAUAUUCACAUUGUAUAGGGAUGUACAAAGGUCAUGAAGCAUCUAUAUCUAGUUUGAAAUACAGUCCAGAUGGUUUAUGGAUUGCUUCUGGCGAUGAAGAUGGAUGUGUUAAGAUAUGGGAUUUGCGAGUUGGACGCAUGAUACAUGUUUUUGAUAAACUACAUAAAGGAGCAGUCACAUCUAUUCAAUUUCAUCCAUUAGUAUUUUUAUUAGCUAGUAGUGGUACAGAUAAUAAAAUUAAUAUAUUAGAUUUGGAGCGAUUUAGUAUUAUUUCUCAAAUAGAUACAGACAAAUCUAUAAUUAGAUGUUUGCAAUUUAAUGACAAAGGAGAUGUUCUAUAUGGAGGUGGUAAUGAUUACCUUGGUGUAUAUGGUGUAGAACCAACCAGAGUAUGUGACUCAGUGGUUGUAAAAUGGGGAAAUAUGAAUGAGUUAGUUGUAAAAGAUAAUCGAAUUGUUGGCGCCUCACAUUUAUUAACAGAUGUUUCAACAUGGUUAAUUAAUUUACCUGAAGAAUAUCCUUUUAAGAAUCAAUUUUCACCACCCGAUAAGUCAUCAAAGACGAAUACGAUGUUUACAAGAGAUACUGGUGUUAGAAAAAGUUUUAAUAAACAAAAAACACGAGAAAUGAUUAAACCCAAAACUAAUAUGAAAUUAAUUGAUGAAAGCGAAACUGAUAUUGAUGAUGAAAAUCAAACUGUAAUUAAUAAUGUUCAUGAUUAUCAUUCAGUGUUUAAGCCUAAUAGAACUUCGUUUAAACCAAGUAGAAUAUUAAAUAGAAGUCCACCUCCAUUUUCACCUUUAUCUGAAGAUGAUAAUUCCAACAAUAUAUUUACUGCUGAAGUAAAUAGAAAUCAAUCGACAACUUCUGCAAAAUUAGAGGAAAAAAAACAUAGCAUUGAUCUUUCUCAAGGAUUAAUGCAAAACAGUUAUUCAGAAGCUGAAACUUCAUCUGUGGAUUCUACUCCUUGUGAUUCAUUUCAGUUACCUCAGUUUGAGAGCUCUGGUGAUUACCAUACUCCUGAUUUACCAACUCCUAUAUCAACACCUGAUAGUAUUGAGACAUCUGAAAGAAGACACAAUCCUUAUAUAACAUCAUCAGUUUCAAUGCGUAGUGUAUCUUCUAAUGUAACUAAUGAAAGUUUAACCAAACGUCCAUCAUCUUUGCCAGUGUUUAGACAAAAUGAUCAUUUUACUUAUGGGCACAAGUACACAUCGCCUCAAUCUCAAAGAAAAAUAAUUCCAGAUGAAAUUACAUCAUUACCUCAACAUAAACGACUGUUAGCCGAUGAUUUCUUAGUUACACCAGAACAUAAAAAGACUGAUACCAUCGCAAAGAAAUUUGAACUUCCUUUAGAUGAUUUUGGGGAAUUAAAAAAUGUUAGUACAAAGAGUUUACAUAAUGUCAUGUACGAUGAAGAAGACAUUGUUGAGAUUCUUUCAAAAAAUCAUAAGUCCACUAUGGGUGUGCUUAAAGAAAGACAACGUUAUCUUAAUAUUAUACAGACAUUAUGGACUAAUAAAAAUUUUAAGUGUGCUGUAAAUUCUGCUGUUUCAAUGAAUGAUGAUGCUGUCAUAUCAGAUCUCAUUUCUAUUAUUACCCAACGCCCAAAUCUCUGGUGUCUAGAUGUUUGCAGUAUGCUUCUUCCUUCCAUUUCUGAUUUGAUUCAGAGUGGCAAUGAGGCAUUCAUAAACGUAAGUUUUAAGGCCAUAAGAGAUAUACUGCAGUAUUUUAUGCCAGUCAUUAAGAAUAAUAUUCAAAGACCACCUUCUGCAAUAGGUGUUGAUAUCAUGCAAGAAGAAAGAUACAACAAAUGUCGCAAAUGUCAAAACAUACUUAUGGAUAUCAGGUCAUUUGUACUGAAGAGGCAAACGGUCCAGGGUAACUUGGGUAACGUGUUCAGACAGUUGCAUAUGCUUUUGCAAACAAUAGACAUCUAAAUGGCGAAGAUAAGACGCAAAUGUGCCUCACUCCACUAAAGAGAUGGCUAAUAGGAGACACUGAACAUUGAAUAAGUGGUGAACCCCGUUUGUUGCAUGUCUGACGACACAAUAUUAUUAUUAUUAUUAGUUGUUUUUUUAAAUAUUUUUUAAGCCUUAUCAAACUGUCAUCAAUGUGUAUUUAUUUUUUUUAAUGAAUAAUUUGUUAAUUUUUUUCAAACAUUAAUUUUUAUAACAUUUUUGAUAUUUUUUUCCUAUCAUAAUUUUGUACAACUAACGCACCACUGUACUUUUCAGCUUUUUGAAUGCAUUCAAUUUUUGUUCUAUAGGUUAUCUAGUUUAUAAAAAGUGUUAAGAACCAUAUACUAACAACAAUUUCCGAACUCUCACAAUACAGGCUGUGCACUUAACAAUAUUAUUUAGAAUAAUAAUAGGAAGCUCUUUCUAUUUUAACAACAUAGUUUUAUAAUAUAAUACUUAAAUCCAGCUCUGUAGACAAUGUAUAUGUGUUAAAUAUUCCAUAAGAUGGGUUCUUCUUCAUUUUUUCUUCUCACCAUUUCAGAAAAGGUCUUAACAUGAAUUACAGUUAAAAAGAAUAAUGCAACAAUAAAUGAAUAAACAUAAUUGUGUUGUUAUGGCUUACAUUCUAAAACAGCUGAGAUCACAUUUAAAUUAUAUAAUAUCUAAUUUUUUUUUUAAUGUUGUACACUUGUGGAUUAAACAGAAUAAUUGUUCAUGAAUCAAAAAGAUAAUUAUAUUUACAAAAAUCUUCUUUGUUUUAAAAAUAUUCUUGUAUGUAUUUUUAUUCCCUAUUUUUCUUUAUUGUAAACAAUUAUUAUAAAACAUGGCUGUGUUUUCUACUUUUAGAAAAACAAAAUAUUCAGUGUUUUCUAUCGGUUGAAUCCGUCCAAUAUUAUAAAUUAUAAUAAUUGUAUAAACAUCAUACUAUUGUACUCAUAGUAAUUAUAAAAUACAAUGCAUACAUUUUUUAAAAAUUACCAACUGAAGAAAUUACUAUUCAACCUGAAAAAAAGUACCAAUAAACCCGAAGACAAAAUGUUUGGUGUUAUUUUUUAUCCAAGCAUAAUGUACAUUAUUUUAA